CUUGGGAAAUACAGGGUGGAGAGGGAUGUGCUGGACGAGCUGAGACUAGAAGAGGCAGCACAGAGAAAAAGCUACUCUGACACUCACCCUUCUCUAAACGAACGUCUUAAAGAUGCCCUGAGAUGUACAGUACCCAGACUGAAACGAAGUGUGGUGAGCAGCUUGCCUGUUUUAUACUGGCUGCCCAAGUACUCAGUGUGGGACUAUGGCAUGCCAGACCUCAUCUCCGGCAUCAGUGUGGGCAUCAUGCACCUACCACAAGGCAUGGCAUAUUCACUGUUGGCUUCUUUACCUCCUGUAUUUGGGCUCUACACGUCCCUCUAUCCAGCAUUGGUCUACUUCUUUUUUGGGACAUCUCGUCACAUAUCCAUCGGUACAUUUGCCGUGCUCAGCAUCAUGGUGGGGAGUGUGACAGAGAGACUAGCUCCAGACAUGGCCUUCCUCAAAAUGAACGGGACCAACCUCACCACAGAGGUGGACGUAACAGCCAGGGAUUUAUACAGGGUGCAGGUGGCCGCUGCUACCACUGUCCUAGGAGGAGUUAUCCAGGUGGUGCUUGGUUUGGUGAAGUUUGGAUUUGUGGGAACCUACUUGUCUGAACCACUGGUGCGGGCUUACACAACGGCUGCUGCAGCCCAUGCUGUGGUGGCACAACUGAAGUACAUCUUUGGGGUGUCACCUAUGAGGUUUAGUGGGCCGCUGUCACUGGUGUAUACCUUGGUAGAUGUUUGCUCCUUGCUGCCCAACACCCAUCUGCCCACACUGGUGGUCAGCACCGUGUCCAUGGUGUUCCUCAUUGCAGCUAAAGAGCUCAACUCCUUCCUCAGCCCGAAGCUGCCAGUGCCCAUCCCAGUGGAGCUCAUCACAAUUGUGGCAGCCACAUUGAUAUCAUCCUAUGCCAGCUUGAACAACAACUACACCAUCUCAGUAGUAGGGGAAAUUCCUAGUGGUCUAAGUCCACCAAAAAUACCGGAUGUGAGCCUUUUUGGAGAAGUUAUCGGCGAUGCUUUUGCACUGGCCAUUGUAGGAUAUGCCAUAUCCAUUUCACUUGGGAAAACGUUUGCACUAAAGCAUGGCUACAAGGUGGACAGUAACCAGGAGCUGGUGGCUCUGGGUCUCAGUAAUGCAGUGGGAGGCUUCUUCCAGUGCUACUCUGUGUGCUCCUCCAUGUCCCGGAGUCUCAUUCAGGAGAGCACUGGAGGAAAAACACAGAUGGCUGGAAUGGCCUCAGCUGUUAUCGUGCUGGUGACAAUACUGAAGCUUGGGCCGCUGUUCCAGGAGCUGCCAAAGGCAGUCCUUGCCGCAAUUGUCUUUGUAAAUCUGAAGGGUAUGUUCAAGCAGUACUCUGACAUCGUCAAACUGUGGAGGAGCAGCAAGACUGAUCUGGUGGUGUGGUUGGUCACAUGGAUGUCAACGCUACUUUUUAACCUGGACCUGGGCCUGGCAGCCUCCAUCACCUUUGCUCUGCUGACUGUUAUCUUCAGGACGCAGAUGCCAACAUACUCUGUUCUGGGAAACAUUCCAGGCACAGAGCUCUAUAUGGAUAUAGAGACCCACAAAGAGGUGAGAGAAGUUCCAGGCAUCACUAUAUUUCGUUCCUCUGCCACAGUGUACUUCGCCAACGCUGACCUGUACCUUGAAGCCCUGAAAGAAAAGAGUGGGCUUGACAUCAGUAAAAUGAUUAUCUAUAAGAGGAGACAGGAGGCAAAACAGAAACGUAGAGAGAGGAGGGCUGAGAGAAGAGCAAGAAGGCAAGCCAAGAGAGAGAGGCGGGCAGCUAAAAAGCUGGCCGGAGGGCCGGUGUUCUCUGUGGAGGAAGAGGCUGGCCGCUGGAGAGAUGCGUGCAUGGACGGGAGUGUCACACAGGAGGAUCAGCAGGCCUGGAGCGGGCGAGAGAAUGGGACGGUGUUUGUCAUGCCACUGACACCACAAACACCAGAGGGCCACAGCAGAUGGGAGUACCUGAAAGGAGGGGAUCCAGACUCCACCAGCCUGGGCUCGGUGUCCGGCCUGCAGGACGAGGACACCACCACCCUCGGGUCCAGUAGCGAGGACACCCUGAGCCGCGACCUGGAGCGGGUCUCUCUCGGGUCCUUGGGCAAGUGGACCUGGGACAUUCACUCCAUCAUUCUUGACCUCUCCACAGCCAACUUCAUAGAUACAGUGGCUAUCAAGACGAUGAAAAAUAUAUUCCAGGACUUCAGUGAGAUUGACAUAGAUGUCUACAUGGCUGGGUGUCAGGCGUCUGUGGUGGAGCAGCUGGAGCUGGGAGACUUCUUCUCUGAGUCGAUUUCAAAGAGACGUCUUUUUGCCUCGGUCCAUGAUGCUGUGCUGUACUGCCUUGACCAUCGUGGAGCGUCAUUGAUCCCCAGAUAUGAGUCUUCAGUGGAAAUGCACAGCAGCACAAGACUCUGAAAACUUUUACCAAGCAGUGACAGUCAGCUAUCAGCAUAGAGGAUUGAAAAAAACGUCCAUCGGCUGGAAUGAACAGACCAAUCACAAACUGACAUAACAUUUGUAGUUUCAUCAUGUUGGUAACAGAGGAAACUGAGAGUACGCUGAUCAUACGACUUAUGUAUUUUGGCAUUAUUCUUUAUUUUAAUUCUGUAUUGUUCUUUGUUGUUUUUCCCUUCUGCUCUACUUUUGGGAUGCAUUUGAAGUGCAUAUAGGCUGGUGUAAAUAUUGUCAAUAUAAAUAUGCAUACAAUAUUUUGUCGUAAAAGACUAUAUUAGUGAUUUUGGUCCAUUUACUACACUUUACCCAUUUUCUACAUGGCAACAAAUCAUUUUGCAAAUCAUGCGGGGAUACUAUAGAUUUCACGGCAUAUAAUCAAAAUUUCAAAUUUAAUUUUAAUUUUUGUUUGAAGCACCUGUGUUAUGAUGUGCUUCUGUUGCUAACAGUUGUAUCCAUUCAUAAACCACAGAACUGAUAAUUGGCUGUGUAAAGCAGACAUUUCCCCAGGGACUAUUUUCUGGCAGAGGGACCAUCUCACUGUGUCCAGUUUCAAGUCAUCAAAACACAACAGUGCUACAUUUUUUAGCUUUUGAGCUAAUGAGGAUGACUUUAUUAUGCUUUGGGAAAAGAUUAAAAGAAAUGUGAAGUUCAUACAUUUUGAAGAUAUCAGACUAAACAUGCAAAAUCACUGAUAUGGUCCUUUUACAGAUAAAAUGAAAAUUUUGACUCUCAACAAAAAACACAAUCUCAUUUUAUAUUGUAUAUUUUAUUGUCAGUAAGGGUAAAUCAGUGCAUUAAGAAACAACAAACACAAAACAUGAGUAAAAAUGUAACAUCUGAACAAAACAUUUUA